UAUCUUAAAGCCUCCCAGCCCGUCCACCUCAUUUUCCUCAUCUCUGUCUUUCUCCUUUUUUCUAUCGAAAAAAAAGAAACAGUAAUCAAAUUAAAAUCCCAAAACUCGCCAAAAUAAAAAUCCAAGCCAGCCAUGGAACCGGCUCUUGUCGACUCAAAGGUCAACGAAUCUCCUGAGAUCGCCAACUCCGCUACUAACAACAGCAGCAACGAUCACGGCUGGCAGAAGGUCACUUACGUCAAGCGCCAGCGCAAGACCGCUAAACCUAACGCCGAUCCGGCGGCCGUAACUCUUCGAUCUAACGGCGCCGUUAAUGAAGAUAAGAGUAAUGUGUUCCGUAACCUCGAGCAGCAGGCCGAGGAACGACGUCGUCGUUUGUUCAGCGCUCAGCAAGCGAAUGCGGCUGUUGUUCACGCUCCUCAAACGAGAUCGAAGCACCGAUCUGAUGAUGAGGACGAUGACGAGAGUGAGACGGAGGCCGCCGAGAACGGCAAGGCCGAGGAGGUUAAGAAGGUGAAGCAAAAGAAGCCGAAGAAGCCUAAGAUUACUGUGGCGGAAGCCGCGGCUAAGAUUGACGCGACCGAUCUCGCCGCGUUUCUUGUUGAUAUAACGGGCACGUAUGAAUCCCAGCAAGAGAUACAAAUGAUGAGAUUUGCUGAUUAUUUUGGGAGGGCAUUUUCGGCGGUCAGUGCGUCUCAGUUCCCUUGGGUGAAGCUUUUCAAAGAGAGCACCGUGGCGAAGAUUGCUGAUAUACCCGUUUCUCAUAUUCCGGAUGCUGUUUAUAAGACAUCAGUUGAUUGGAUCAACCAACGAUCCCCCGAAGCACUUUCAUCCUUUGUAUUGUGGUCUUUGGAUGGCAUUUUUGCAGACCUGGAUGCCCAUCAUGCUAGUGGAAAGGGUUCUAAGAAGGUCGUGCAACAAGCAUCAUCAAAAUCCCAGGUUGCAAUUUUUGUGGCUUUGGCAAUGGUUUUGCGACGAAAACCUGAUGCCUUAAUCAAUGUUCUACCUACAUUGAGGGACAGUCAGAAGUAUCAUGGACAAGAUAAACUUCCAGUUACCAUAUGGAUGAUUACACAGGCUUCACAAGGGGAUCUGGCUGUGGGUUUAUAUGCGUGGGCACAUAAUCUUCUGCCAGUUGUUGGUAGCAAAAGUUGCAAUCCAUUGUCCAGGGACAUAAUUUUGCAGCUAGUGGAGAGAAUCUUAUCUACCCCAAAGGCUUGUACAAUUUUGGUGAAUGGAGCAGUUAGAAAGGGGGAGCGUUUGGUGCCACCUUUUGCCCUUGAGAUACUGUUGCGACUUACAUUCCCCACGUCUUCAGCUAGAGUAAAGGCUACAGAAAGGUUUGAGGCAAUAUAUCCCACCCUUAGAGAGGUGGCUCUAGCUGGUGCCACUGGAAGCAAAGCAAUGAAACAAGUUUCACAGCAGAUACAGAGUUUUUCUGUUAAACUAGCUGGAGAAAGCACUCCUGAGUUAUCAAAUGAAGCAGCUGGCAUUUUCAUAUGGUGUUUGACACAAAAUGCUGAUUGCUACAAGCAGUGGGACAAGGUUUAUCAGGAUAAUCUAGAAGCUAGCAUCGCUGUUCUGAAAAAGCUCUCUAGUGAAUGGAAGGAGCAAUCCCCAAAGCUCUUACCUUUUGUCUCUUUGAAGACAACUCUCAAGAGUUUUAGGCAGAAGAAUGAGAAUGCAAUUGCUGGUGGAGCUGACAGUGCACACCAGGCACUCAUCAAGAAUUCAGACAAGUACUGUAAGCAUAUAUUGGGAAAGUUGUCAAGCAGCCAUGCUUGUCUCAAAAGCGUUGCCCUCCUUGCCGUUGCAUUGGCUGUGGGUGUGACCUUCAUGUCUCCGAACAUGGAGUGCCCUGAUUGGAAGAAGAUUUCCGUAUUCUUCAACUCCCUGGGCUCUAUUUGAGCAUGAUGCAAUGUAUCAUUCUCUUCUUACCAAUACUUGCAUCUUCCCUUCUUUCCGAACUUUCUGCUUCUGACCAAGUAAGCCAAAGGGGAAAUAACUUUAAAUUUUACUGUUGUUUAGGGAUAUGAAAUGAGCUGAUGACUUGAAUACUGUUUUAGAAUACAGGCCUUUAAAUUAUUUCUUGGAAAAAAGCCAGCAUCUCCCUGGAAAAUAAGGGUGAAGAAGAUUUUCCCAUUAUGGAUAGCCAUAACUUCAUUUUUUUUUUUUUUUGGGCUUGUAGAUUUUAGUCAUAUGAAUGAUUUAAGUUAAUGGCGGGAUUUAUUUAGAAAUUACUUGAGAAUUGAAUUUUCCAUACAAUUUAAUUUUACCCAGUUGUGUCA